UAUACUGCGCCGCGGAAGCUAGCACUCCAGCUAGCCACGUUAGCUCACAUUUUGAAAGGAGACGGCUGACAACUUCACACCUCAUGUUGGAGGCCGUUUGAUCCCGUUAGAUGGUCCAGCGACCGCCCCGGUGCCAAGUAGUUGUUUGGUUAGCUCUCAACAGGCAGUCGCCAUGGCAAUGGAGGAGGAUUUAUCACCGACCCUUCUGACAGAGGAGAUGAAACACAGCAAUGGCGACUUCGUCCCUCCAGAAGGUUUAUGCUGGGUGUCGGUGCUGUCCUGUCUGCUGCUGGCUUGUUCUUAUGUCGGCAGUUUGUACGUGUGGAGGAGCGACCUGCCGAGGGAUCACCCCACUGUGAUAAAGAGACGCUUCACCAGUGUGCUUAUCGUGUCAGGCCUGUCGCCUCUCUUUGUGUGGGCAUGGAGAGAAUUCACAGGCGUCAGGACUGGGCCAUCGUUACUAGCUCUCAUGGGGAUGCGAUUUGAAGGCCUCAUUCCUGCCAUCACACUUCCUCUGCUGCUCACCAUGGUCCUGUUUCUGGGCCCCCUCAUGCAGCUGGCUAUGGACUGUCCCUGGAGCUUCAUGGAUGGGAUCCGGGUCGCCUUUGACCCCUGGUUCUGGAUGUUGUGUUUCAGCGACAUGCGCUGGCUGAGGAAUCAGGUGGUGGCACCGUUAACAGAGGAGCUGGUGUUCAGGGCCUGCAUGCUGCCCAUGUUGGUCCCCUGUGCUGGUCCUUCAACUGCCAUCUUCACCUGCCCCCUCUUCUUUGGAGUGGCUCACUUCCACCAUGUGAUCGAGCUGCUGAGGUUCAGACAGGGCACGCUGUCAGGGAUCUUCCUCUCUGCUGUGUUCCAGUUCUCCUACACUGCGGUGUUUGGGGCCUACACUGCCUUCAUCUUCAUCAGAACAGGUCACCUGAUGGGUCCGGUGCUCUGCCACUCCUUUUGCAACUACAUGGGUUUCCCUGCCAUCAGUGCGGCGCUGGAGCACCCCCACCGCCUCACCGUCCUUUCCUCCUACCUGUUGGGGGUCCUCCUCUUCCUCCUCUUCCUCUUCCCCUUCACUGACCCCUCCUACUAUGGCCUCCCCACACCAGUGUGCACCCUCACCUCCUCCCCCAGCUCUCUCUGCCUCUCCUGAUCCCAGCCCUCAACACACUUCCAUUGACGAAGCAGUUGAGGGUGAUUUUUAUUUUGCCAAGUUAAGAAUUCAGGUCAGGUCCGGUUUGGGCUGACAGCGCUGACAGCCGUGCGGGCUAAGUUGCCAUGGAGAUGAGGGGAAAUCUGUAGCCAUUUUCUAUGGUCUAUAGACCCUUGAUAUGUCCGUACAUUUACAUGACACACUUCAGUUAAUCAGCUGAUGCUCUUAAUUCUGAGUGACUCAUUUUGAGUAGAUAGGGUUGCUGGGAAUAAACCCAAGACACCCAUUCCAGGACAGCCUCUGUAGUCUACGCUGCCACCAUGAUACGUGGUUUUAGUGUAGUUAAACACUGAAGAACAAUUCCUCCUCAGAUCCUAUUGAUAGAUCUCAUCAAUUUGUGAUGAAGCGUCAAAAUGUACCUUUUUGGUGUACAAAUUUUCCACUCAGCCUGCCUCAUCUCUUUUAAUGGAUACUUCUGGUUAUUACAACAUAGGUCUUAUUUUUGUAAUUCUGGCAGUCAUUUCUCUAAGUAAUGAUAAAAUAACCACAUUACUAGUAAGUCAAGUUGGAAAGGUUAGUCCGGCUUUUUUGGAAGAGAAAACAUGAGGGCAACAGUCAAAUCAUUACACAAACUGUUCCAUCGUAAGCAUCAAUCCACUUCCUGGUUUCUCACUUUCACCUCCAGUAAAGUCAUUUACAUUAUAUGUUAUUUAGUUUAUUCACAACCUGUCUAAUCAUUCGACUGCUCGUUUGGCUAAAAAUAUGAAAAUAAGACCCAAGUUGUUGAGUCUAUUAGUGUAGUAUUUUGGCUCGGGUUGGGUGCAUUUUGUUGCUUUGGGGCUUGGGUUCAGGUUAAAUUACAUAAAUUGGAUUUUGAAGCUGCAGCAGGUAACUUUUAUAAAAUAACUUUUUGUCAUAUUUGCUGAAACCUUCACUAUAUCCUGACAGUAGUACAUGAGACUGAUAAUCUGUGAAAAAAUCAGGUUCCUCUGGCUCCUCCUAGUGCUUCUAAUGGAAUUUACAAGAAUCCACUGGGCCUGAAUGAAAACAACCAAUCAGAGGAAGAUAGUUAAUUGUUGAGUCUCAUUCUCAGGUUGUCAAAUAUCAACACUGGGAAUGAGACUCAACAAUCAACCACCUUCAAGCCUCCAACCCAAAGUAUCUUUCCAUCUUUCUCUGCUCUGAUUGGUUGUUUUCAUUGUGGCCCGGUGGAUUCUUGCUUAGUGCCUAAGGGCACUAGGAGGAGCCAGAAGAACCUGAUUUCUUUCACAGAUUAUCUGUCUCAUGUACUACUGUCAGGAUAUAGUGAGUUUAACAAAUAUAUGAAGCAAAGUUAUUUUUGCAAAAGUGACCUACUGCAGCUUUCAGUGCUAGUUGGAUUCAUUUUAAUGUAAAAGAAGCAGGCGUAGGGCUAGUUUGGUGUCCAAUUUUUGCUUAUUACAGUUGUAAUAAAAUAAUAAUAAAACAUAAUUAUCUGGUAAGACUUUAUUUGAAUAGUCUGCCAACAGGAAGUUUAUAGAGUAUUUGUAACAUUUCAGCAGCUUAUUAGUUGAGAUUCAACAAAUAAAACCAUUUUCUGAUACUGGUUAGGUUUAGGCACAAAAACAUCUUGGUAUGUUCAUGAGUUGUCACAUAUACUCUAUAGAUAAUCAGACAAAGCAAAACAGUAGAAUUGUUCCAAAUACUCUAUAAGCUGUUGGCGGACUGUUCAAAUAAAAUGAUCCUUUAACGCCUUUGAGCCUCACCUGAGUGAGACACGUGGGUUGCUUGUUGAAGACGGUGAGAGUCACAACCCUUACUCAAAACGUCUUAUGGCUGCACUGCAUUCUGCUCUGUAUAGGCUCAUAGAGACGUUGGCAUCUUUGCCUCUUCCGUCUGAGGUUGCUGAACUGUUGCUGCACUCCAGCAGAGGAAUGUUGGUGUUUUACAGUGUAAAAUGGUCUUGGGAAUGCAAUCUACAUUAUCUACAGUUGUUUUUAAUGUCAUGGGCUUGUUUUUAACAGUUGAGCUUUGUUUGACUCUGCUGUUGUAGAGAACACUUGUGCUGGAAUCAGUCAGUGUUUUUUUGUACGAUAUAUUAAUGCUUAUUUAUAUACCUCUGCAUGUGUCAUUGCUGGUAGCUUUGUUGGUGAUGGCAUAGCUUAGGGGGUGGCGGGGCCAUCACUGUUCAUAAAGCCGUAAACAUACUCUCUGUAAGUGCACAAAUGAUGGGUUGUACAUACUUGUAAGAGUAAGGUGUACUCUGAUGUCCUUUGGCUAACUGGGCUGCAAUGACAGAAAUGACUGUCGUUGUGACUCUAGAAUUAUGUUAGGGGUCAGGUCACACCAACAUUUCUACAAAAGGAGCUCUUCUUGCUGUCAGGAAGUCACCAUCUUGUGCAUUGUGUUCGCCUAUGCAAACCAGCGAUUGUAGGGUGUGCUUGUCUGGUGUCCAUGGGCAAGUUUGCAUCGAUCUGUGUCUGUAUAGUAUAAUAAUAUAGUAUAGUGUUGGGCAAUACAUACAAAUUUUCCAACUGGCCCCCGUCAUCCCAUAAACCGCAGAUUGCAGAUAUGUUUGUGAAUGUUUCAGCUAGGAGAGUAGCAGUAAAUUUGCUAGGUGUUCUAAGCUGUCAUAGCUUCAACAAACAGAAUAAAAACUCAAAAUGUCAAGAAAGGAAAUUUUCUAACACAUAUUUCCUGUAUUAAACAGAAAAAUACAACCAUACCACCAUACCAUACCAUACACCUUCUGAAUUAAUAUUUCUCUUUUACCCAACUAAGACUAGCUUAACUGCCUUGUAAAGGACCACUGUGUAGGAUUUAGUGGCAUCUAACGGUGAAGAUGCAGAUUACAACCAACUGAACACUGCUUGCCUUCCAAACGUGUAGGAGAACAUAUGGUGGCAGCAAAACUUGUGAAAAAUGCAAAAAGCCCUAUCUAGAGCCAGUGUUUGGUUUUUCUGUUCAGGGCUACUGUAGGAACAUGGUGGUUCAACAUGGCAGACUCCGCCAUAAGAGGACCUGCUCCCUCUGUAGAUAAAAACAGCUCAUUCUAAGCUAAUGAAAACACAACAAUUCCUAUUUUCGGGUGAUUAUACACUAAUGCAAACAUACCUAUGAAUAUUAUGAAUAGAUUCUCCUAAAUGUUACACAUUAGACCUUUAACUCAUCAUAAAGCACACUUUAAACUUGAGAGAAACAAAAUGAAACUGUUCCAACAGUCACCAGCUCUGGUGCCACCUAACCUCUCCUGUCCCCUGUUGUCCUUCAAGUCCUGGAUGGAGCUGCUUUUAGUCACCUCAGUUCUGUAUUCCCUAUUGUAAAACUGGCCAAAAUGAACCCGGAAAAGAGUUAUAUGUGAAAACAUACAGCUGUUUUCAUUCUCACUCAUAAAAUCACAGUAGCCUGAAGCAUCUGUAUUUGUGCCAUUACACAGAGUAUGUUUGGGUCUUAAAGCUGGAGAUUGUUGUAUGUUGUCAACCUCCAGUUGGAGUUUCUAAGAUCUUUACUUUGAUGUUUUAAAACAGCCUCCAAGCCUUGUUUUCAUAAGUUUGAGUUAGUGUUUCCACUCCAUUCUUGCCAACAGGCGCUUACAAUCUCUAAACCAGUCACUAUUAAAAUUUGGUACCAUGAUUUCUUAGGGUUCUCAUACACAGCGUAUCUGUAGAUUUAUAAACUGUGGAGGGAUUUCUGGAACUCUGAUUGAAUAUUACCAACAUUUACCUUAAUAUUAUUUUUCCCAAGAGGACACAUUGGGUGCAUCACUGAGUUUUUCUUUCUUUGAAAAAUGUUAUUUCAUUUUGCUCAGAGACUGAUUGGCACAGCCAGCGUCCUUGCUGUGAAUUGACUGAACUGCAGAACUAGACAAUCUUUUUUUCCCCUGUUGGACUGACCGAUUGACUAGUUAUUUACAACUAAUGGUCGGCUUUAUUCGAUGUGCUUCUGAGAGUGACAGGAAGAAUGGCAGAAACACUAUAAGCUAUACUCGUACUGUGAAGAAGAAGAAGAAGAAAAGUGGGCUGCUUGGGUCUUCAGCAAUAAAAUUCUAUUUGUUGGAACGUUUUUGAACCCUUUUAUGUGACUGAGCAAGUACAGCAGUAGAUUCUGUGGAUAAAACGGUGCUGUGUAUGUGUACUCAUCAUUUUGUCCAGUUACAUUUUUCAUGGCGGGUAUUUUUUUAAGUUUUCAAACCUUUGGCAGGUAGUGAACUUGGACAAGUAGAGUUAUUGUGAUAGGAGUUACCUAAAGCUCCCAGCAGAGGGCGUCAGAGCGCUUUGUUAGAGGACUGUUAGAGUGAGGGGAACUGAGGACCUCUCCAUUCUGUUUAUCAGCCUCUCUGACAUCAGUCAUUAGUCACUGGAAAACCAAUUCACUCUAACUUAUUUUUCCUUUAGCUUUUACCCAAUUAUGCCCCAAUAGAGGAGAUUGAUGCAGAGCGGAGGGACCCCAUGGUGAGACUCUCACUGAUGCUGAAUCCCUGUUAAAAAGUUUCAGUUCCUCCUGCCACCCACAUCGUUCUCUUGGAGCCUAUCCACUCGCUGCCUGUAAAUAAUCAUCGCUGUACUAUAGAUUCAGAUUUGUUUUCUUCUUUUGCAACCAGGCUUUAUAAAGCUGUACAGCAAUAACCCACGUCCCAGUCAAGUAAAUCUGAGAGUGGUAUAGUUUGUUUAUUUUUCAAAAUACAGGGUUACAGUUAGGGUUAUAAUUAAAUUACACUGUAUAGAAAUGAUGAUGUACCUGAUUUCUAAACUCAUUUCAAGCUGCAGUAGGUAACUUUUAUAUACAUAACUUUUUGUCAUAUUUGCUGAAACUUUCACUAUAUCCUGACAGUAGUACAUGAGACAGAUAAUCUGUGAAGAAAUCCUGAUCCUCUGGCUCCUCCUAGUGCUCCUAAUGGCAUUUGUAAGAAUCUACUGGGCCUGAACGAAAACAACCAAUCAGAAUGAAGAAAGAUAGAAAGACGCUUUGGGUUGUUGGCUUAAAGAUAGUUGAUAGUUGAGUCUCAUUCCCAGCAUCGAUACUUGAUGAUUUGGGGUUAUCUGUCUCAUUUACUACUGUCAGGAUAUAGUGAAAAUUUCAGCAAUGUGACAAAACAUUAUUUUUUCUAAAAAUUACCUACUGCCGCUUUAAAGCCACUAUAUGUAGAUUUUACAAAACAUGUAAUUCUAGCAUCAUUGUUGUGGUGCUGUAUAAUUUAAAACAGUCCAUUCAGUACAGUAUAAUGUAGAAACUUGAAGCCACCAGUGCACAUCCACUGAAAACUUUAGAAAUGAACAAAUUGGACUUUUUUUUAUGGACAGGUUUUAAUGUGGAAUUUAUAAUUUUUCUUUAGCAAAAAACCCAUAUCAGACACACUUCCAAGCAGACUGUUUGUCAUAUAUCAUAAUACAUGUCUGGAGGGGAUCUUUAAUUCUUUCCUGUAAAAAGAGACCCCUUUUCCCAGAAGUCUCAUUAUAUUAUUAGCAAACAGGCUGCUGUGCAGAAUGCUUUUUCUUUUGCCUUUUCUGUACCUGAUCUUGAGCCUCUGUGUCACUGGUUUUACCUCAGACACAAUUAUGGGCGAAACACUCGUUUUGCCUUCACUGCUGUAAAAAAGAAAAAAACACUUUUCCUGAACGGCGUCCUCAGCCAACAACGACAAAUCAGUGUUUGCUGUUGAAGAUGCAGAACCUGCACAUCUGUAACAUUAUGGGGAGAGACCGCAGUCUAUUUUUGCUAAGCUUUAGCAGCUCCGUUAUUUUAGUAUACAACACCUAGAACUUGUGAAAUACGAAUAGCGAGUCAGCUGGCGAAACAGAAAUCCACAGAUGUUUAUAUUGAGCACUAUAUAUAUUUUGUAACCAGAUCUAUUUUGGUGACAGGAACAGAGUGUACAUAUAUGUGCAUGUAUUUUAUGCUCACUGUGUCACACUUGUUGUACAAUUCAAGUUAAGAGACAACAGAAUCGUCUUUUAGUAUGACAAUCUUUUACAGAAACUUUGGAAUCUCUCUGCAAAAUAUCUAUUUGUAAAUAAAUAAUGUGAUUUUAUA